AAAGAACACACAGCCCGGACUGCUUCCAUCAUAUGGGCAGAGACACAACACCACCACCUCUCAGACUGCAUCGCAAGCAGCAACCACGGCCAAUGGCGGAUCACGUCCUUAUAAUUGGACCCCGGCAUUCCAUGUCGAAGCCCCAACUCCUAGCGAGACCCCCCAGGACCUCACAUCCGGCGUCACUCAGAACAUCCACUCCCCCAUCUUCGUGACAGCCAGCAACAAUCUCGCCCACGCCAAAGACGACCCCUUCUUCGACCCCCGUCCUUUCCCUUCCACCGGCAGCUCAUCGACUAUCAGUCCCAUGUCGACAAACCCAUUCAUCAGCCACUCCAUCCCCACAGCCAAACAGGACACCCCAGCAACGCCCGCCAUGAGCCCACAUGGAUCCCUCACAGGCUCACCCAUGGGCUCUUCCACCCGCCCCGCCUGGAUAAGACAGCCCCCCGAGUUGGAAGACUACUGGAACGAGCUUUACUCUGCCCCCUCGUCAACCACAUCCACUCCAACCCACCGCCACAACCGAGAGUCGUUCACAAUGGCGUCUCCCACCGCGACCGCGCGGGCAAGGCGCAGCGGAGAGAUCAGGCACGGCAAACGCCCGAUUGGCGGACGUCCACUUCCGUCUCCAGCAGUCACUGAUAUCGACCGUCCUGCCAAUGAUGCCGGUGCCAAUCAUCCAAUGUCGAGCGAGCUCAUCCCCAAACCUGAACCUCAGCGCAAGCGUGCGCGAUUCGUGCGGUUCCAGGACGAGGUGACUCCUCAAUCAGCCGUAGGCUCAGGUAGUGCAGGUUUCAACUUUGGUUACUCUGGCUCAGCCGUGGGCGAGGUUGAGAAGGCGAAUGGCAGUCCAAUUGGCGUUGGGUCCUCUGCGUCUGCGUCCGCGUCUGGAUCUGGAGAUAAACAGGGGGAGGGGUCGGCCGGGGUCAACGGCGAUCUGAUCGAUAAGGAAAGUGAUGCUCAGAGGGACGAGCUGCAGUGGAUCUAUCAGUGCCAUCUGCAUGAUCAAGAGGAGCGUCAGCGGAUGGAGCACGAGAAGGCGCAUGACAAGGCGCAAAACGAGGCUCUUUUCAAUGCUCUCGCUAACGCUCUCAACCAUUGUUCUGGGGAUCUGAGCAAGGAAGAUGAGGAUGUGGAUAUGGAGGAUGAAGAUGUGGAGAUGCAGUAGGUUGGCAGAAAUUGGGGGUUGUUUGUUUGGCGUUGUUGGCGUCGUUGUUGUUGUGGUUGUGGUUGUUGUUCCACAAUUGGGGGACGUUUCGUUUGCUUGCGAUUUCAAUCUUUGCUGCUCCUGCCACUCUUUUUGUAACAGAGUUGGGCGAGCGAGCGUUGGUGGCGGAUCUUCUUUCUCUGGUCUCAUUUCUUC